AUGUCGUAUCACGAGCGAGAGUACCGCUACAGUCGGCACAAAGACGACGCAUCAUCGGAUGACGAGAAUUACAAGAAAACGACGGUCCGACGAUAUAAGGUCGGCGGGAGCAGCACCAGUAGCCGAGUUGAAAGAGUUGAUCGAUUUGAGGAAACGGACGACGACCGCCGAUCCAGAUACUCGCACCGAGACGACUUUCGCGAUUCACAGCCCCACAUUGGUCGCACUUCCGGCGAUGUUCUGGAAGUCGAUCGCAGGGUCGAGAGAACUUACUUGCCCGAGCGACCCAGAUCGGCCUUCGAUCCCCCAGUCCAGCGCACUGUAACUGAGAAGCGAGUUGUUGAGCGCGAAGGACCCGAACAUCGAGAACGAGACCGAGGCCGCGACGAUGGGUAUCGCUCUGUAGAGAGAGACGUGACGUACUGGGAUCCUGAGCGUCGCGAUCGAGACCGGGUUGUGGAGAGGGAAAUUGAAUACUCGCGAGAACCUGAGCGCAGGGACAGGGUUGUCACGGAGCGAGAAGUCGAGUACUCUCGAGAACCUGAGCGCAGGGACAGGGUUGUCACGGAGAGAGAAGUUGAGUAUGCCCGAGAACCUGAGCGCAGGGAUAGAAUUGUGACGGAAAGAGAUGUUGAAUACUCGCGAGAACCCGAGCGACGGGAUCGAGUGGUUGAAAGAGAAGUCGAAUACUCACGUGAACCAGAGCGCCGUGAGCGGGACUGGGAACGGGGCUCCCGGGCACCGUGGGAUGAUCACGAAGAAAUGCGUAUCGAGAAGCGCGUCGAGCGCAGAUCUGACGAGCACGUUGACGACGUCCGAAUUGAGAAGCGCAUCGAGCGUCGGUCAGAUGAUCAUGUCGACGAGAUCAGGGUGGACAAGCGUGUCGAACGCGAACAUUGGCCAGAACAUGAGCAUGGCGGAGAUAUUGAGCGCUACAGGAAGGAGACCGAGUAUUAUGCUCCUGCAGACCCACCACCACAGCCUAUCGUCAUCAGACAGAGGGCGCCAGAGCCGCAGCAGAUCAUCGUACAGGAGGCGCCUGCACCGCCCCCGGUCAUUCUUGAUAGACCCCGUGAGCCUGGGUAUAUUGUCCUCCGCGAGAACAACCGUCCGGAUCUGCGAGAAGAAGAAUACUGGCGGCGCCGCCGAGAGGAGGACUAUGCCAUGGAGAGGUAUGAGAGGCGACAACAGCGCGACUACCCUUCAGAAGAGGAGGAUGUCUAUGUCAAGCGCACAGUAAUCCGACGUGAGCGUAGCGAAAGCUCUGACCGAAAGCGUCACCUGGCCGAGGGCGCACUGGCUGGCGCUGGUCUUUCCGCCCUGGUGGCUAGUCGUCGACGCCAAGAUGGUGACUAUUCUGAACACCGAGGCAAGAAGGUUCUGGCUGGCGCUGCCCUCGGAGCAUUGGGCACUGAAGUCAUCAGAAGAGCCAAGAGUGCUAUGGACGACCAUCGGUACGAAGACGAAUAUGACGACCGCCACAGGUCUCGAUCAAAGUCUAGAUCAAGGCUCACCACCGGUCUUGCUAUAGGCGCUGCUGCUCUGGCUGUUGCUGGUGGACUUAAGUACAUGCAGAGCAACAAGAUAGAGAAAGAAGAGGCAACUCGAGGCCGUAGCAGACGCCGGUACUCUGGUAGUGAUUCUUCACGCUCGAGAACCCAUUCUCGAAAACGUAGCAAGUCCAGCAUGGCUAAGGCCGCGGCCGCGACUGGUGCCGUUGCUGGGCUCGUUCAGCACUACCGCAGCAAAUCAAGAGGACGUUCGAAGUCUCGAAGCAAGUCAAGGAUUCGCACUGGAGCUGAGAUUGCAGCGGCUUCGCUCACGGGAGCAGCAGCAAGCAAGCUUUGGGAGCGUCAUAAAGAUAAGAAAGCGCGCUCGCGUGACAGAGAGGUCGACGAUGAGUACUAUUCCGAUAGAGAUCGUCGAUACAGCCCGUCACGCAGCCGCAGCCGCAGCAGGUCGAGGGCUCGAAGCCACAGCAGACGAGACGGCGCUAAUCCAGAAUUAGGCCUCGUUCAGUACGGCGGAGGUCCAUUGUCGCCGACGGCAAGUGAAGAGCGCCGCCAUCGCCGCCGCCAUCGACACCGGUCGCCUUCGGUAGAGGUAGUGGAGGAGAAAGAGGUAACGCAGAAGAGGAGUAAAAGUCGUCUGCGAGAGGCGGCUGCCGGUGUGCUAGGCGCCGGUGCUGCUGCUAUUGGAAUCAAGAAGUACAAUGAUGCGAAGAAGGAACGUUCAAAGUCCAGGGAACGGUCUAGAGAGCGCUCUCCUGAUGAGACGGAGGAGGAGGCACUAAGAAAAGAGGACCGACGACGGGCUAGACGAUCUCGCGAGCGUGACCGAAGGCGCUAUGAAGAGGAGGCAGCAGCUGGCGGAUACUACUCUGACGAGUAUGACCCCGAAGCUCCCCCAUCUCCGCUGACAGCAUCUGGAGGCGCAUACUAUCCACCUCAGACUUAUGGACCCCCACCGCCUCCAGCAGGUCCAGCCGGCUUUACUCAACAAUCUAAUCAGUCCACCAUGAAUCUCAACGCGUAUCCACCUCACAACUACAAUCCGCAAGAUUACGCCGCCGGCUACCCUCCACCCCCACCCGGUCCUCCCCCAGCUGCAGGCCACCGCACUCCCUACCAGCCGACAAGCCCAGAGAAUGUGAGUCGUCAAGCCAACCCCGGUGAAAAUGAUGUCUAUCCCGGUCUUAAUGAUCCUGAACCCGGGGGCGCUGAUGCACAAGAUGGUGUGAGACGUCGGCGACGACGCCGUCCUGGCCCAGUCACUGUGCCCCGGCGGGCAUCCUCUGAUAGUCCUGGAGUCACUUCGCCGCCAACAACCUCGAAAUCCGUGUCUUUCAUUCCCCUAUCUCCACAGUCUAGCUUCACAUUAAAGAAACAUCACGAAGCCCAAGAAGAAAAAGAACGGUCUGAGCCCGAGACCGGGCAAGAUGACGACCUCACAGCCCCACGACGCCCUGCCAUCCGAAGAUAUCGAUCGGAUUCAGACCCAUCAUCAGACCGCUCAUUAAUUCAGCGUCGUCGCGGACCAAGAAGCGAUGAACCUCUCUUUGACGAAGAUAUCGAGGAAUUACCGGAGCGUUUUGACGCUUCCGGCCAACCCAUAAAUCCCCAUGAUAGACGGCGCUGGGCAUCGAGACAAGGCGACUUCGAGUACCGCCCACGGAAGCGAAAUGGCACUCAUGUUCAAGGCUCCUGGGGUGUGGCCGGCACAGACCCUGAAAUGAUUAGUAAGUUGGCGCAAGGUGUCGGGAGCUUGUUGGAAGGUCGGAAGGGCUGGAUGGGCGUGCUUCGUGGUAUUCUUUCAAACGAUCUUGAAUCUGAUAGAGGCGGCGGCGGCGGUAGCAGCAGCAUGUAUGCAAUCGACGAUGGGAGAGAUGCAAAAGAUGAUGAUGAAGCACGCCGGAAACAUAGACGUCGUCGGAGGCGGGAAUCGGAUUGA